CGUGCUUGUCCCGACGGAGGUUCUCUCAGCCGGGAGAGACAGAGGAAUGGAGGGUCCGGUGAGAAGGGCGCUAAGACCCUGGAUCCUCCGCUGAGGAAGCGGCAGGGAGGGACUGCGCGAGCUGUGGUGGAAGCUGGCUUAAAAGGUUGACGUUUGCGCUCGCGAGCAGCAUCCCCCUGGCUAGUCGGUGCCUGAGUCAAGCGCGCUGGAGUGAUCAUCACAGAGCAGACCGCGCUAUGAACGCAGCCACCUCGACCGGUCCAGUCAUGCCCGGGGCCAUGGACCGACUCAGCGUGCUGGAUCAGCUCUUGCCUGAACUUAAUGUACUGCUAAAGCUCUUGGAUCAUGAAUACUUGAGCUCCACAACAAUGGAGAAGAAAAUGGCCGUCUCCAACAUCUUGCAGAAGCUACAGCCCCCUGCAGGGAAGGACGUGAGCUACAUGUAUAUGAAUACAGCAGCUCUACAUAAUGGCACUAGCUUUGUGGAGUCACUCUUUGAAGAGUUUGAUUGUGACCUGCGUGACCUUAAGGAUAUGCAAGAAGAUGAUGGGGAUACCAAAGAAGGUAUCAGCUUGGAGCUUUCAAGGAGUCAGUCAACUAAAACUGUUUCUGGGGAGCCACCUCCACCAUUGCCCACCACUCCUCCUCCUGAAGAUUAUUAUGAGGAAGCCCUGCCACUGGGCCCAGGCAAAGCCCCGGAGUACAUCACAUCCCACAAUAGCUCCAGUCCCCCAAAUUCAAUUGAAGAUGGAUAUUAUGAAGAUGCAGACAGCAACUACCCUAUCACCAGGAUGAAUGGAGAACAGAAAAACUCUUACAAUGACUCUGAUGCUAUGAGCAGCUCCUAUGAGUCUUAUGAUGAAGAGGAGGAUGAUGGGAAAGGACAGAGGUUAACACAUCAGUGGCCAUCACAGGAAGCUUCCAUGAACCUGGUGAAGGACUGCAGGAUUUGUGCUUUCCUGUUGCGCAAGAAGCGCUUUGGGCAAUGGACCAAGCAGCUGACUGUCAUCAAGGACAACAAACUCCUGUGUUACAAAAGUUCCAAACACAGACAGCCACACCACGAGGUGCCCUUGUGUGUUUGCAAUGUUGUCUACGUGCCGAAGGAUGGACGCCGCAAGAAGCAUGAGCUGCGCUUUUCGCUGCCGGGAGCGGAGGCCCUGGUGUUGGCAGUGCAGAGCAAAGAGCAAGCUGAAGAGUGGCUGAAGGUGAUAAAGGAAGUGAGCAGUCCUAAUGGAGGAGGACCAAGUGGAACAGAAGUCCCUAUAUCUCCUAUGCUCACUUGCAAAAUGGACCAUGACAAGAGGCCAUCUCAGGACAAGCAGACUUCUGACUCUGACAGUGUUGCAACCAUGGAAAACUGCUCUUCUGGCACUCGGAGGGAUACCCAUGAGCAAGGGAAAGGCAAAAAGAGUGGCUUAGCAGAAUUAAAAGGAUCUGUGAGUCGAGCAGCUGGGAGGAAAAUCACCAGAAUAAUCAGCUUCUCCAAGAAGAAGCCAUCUCCUGAGGACACCCAGACAUCCUCUACAGAGGAAGACAUCCCUUGCUGUGGCUACUUGAAUGUUUUGGUUAACCAGUGCUGGAAAGAACGUUGGUGUCGUUUAAAAGGCAACAUGCUUUAUUUCCACAAGGACCGCACUGACUUGAGAACACAUGUGAAUGUCAUUGUCCUGCGGGGUUGUGAGGUGGCACCAGGACUUGGCCCCAAGCACCCCUUUGCUUUCCGCAUCCUUCGCAAUGGACAAGAAGUUUCAGCCUUGGAGGCAAGCAGUUAUGAAGAUCUGGGGCGCUGGCUUGGGCUUCUGCUAGUUGAAACAGGUUCUCAGACAACCCCAGAGGCAUUACACUAUGACUAUGUGGAUGUGGAGAAAAUAGCCAAUAUAAUCAAUGCUGUGAGACACUCCUACAUGUGGGCCAGCUCCUCCCUUGAGAACCAAACAGACUCCUCCCGGGUGUUAUAUGAUGAAGUACCUUAUGAGAAAGUGGAGUUGGAAAAGUCAGGGCGACCAUCGGGAUCCCAGGUAAAGCGCCAUGGUUCCUCUUGCAGUGAGAAAUCUCGCCGUGUGGAUCCACAAGUCAAAGUCAAGCGCCAUGCAUCAAAUGCCAACCAGUACAAGUAUGGCAAGAACCGGGCUGAGGAAGAUGCCAGGAGGUUCCUGACGGAGAAAGACAAGCUGGAGAAGGAAAAAGCAUCCAUCCGGAAUGAGCUUAUGGCACUACGCAAGGAAAAGCGGGAGCUCCGAGAGGCCAUGAAGAGCAGCCCAGGAAAAGACCUGAAAGAGCUGGAGCAUCGUGUUGCAACCGUAGAGGAGCAGUGCAAAGCAAAUGAGGCACGGCGUGUGGAUUUAGAACUCAAACUGACCGAGGUGAAAGACAGGCUGAAGCAGUCACUGGCAGGAGGGCCAGCUCUGGGGCUAACAGUAGCCACCAAGCCUGAAAACAAGGAAACUGUAAGCCAGCCGAACGGAACCCCGCCAGAGCAAUUGGUUCCAGUUAACUGUGCGGCAGAAAUGCGGAAGCGAAGCCCUUCCCUCCUCCCUGCCAGCAAGGGGAAUGUGCUGCAGAAGGCCAAGGAAUGGGAAAUGAAGAAAACAUAAGCAAGGGUCACUGGACUUCCACCCGUGAGGAGAACUCCUCUCAAGCACUGAGAAGCAUGAGGGGAAGGCUAAACAAGGCAAGAGCCUCUCACCUGCCAAUGAAAUUACGGAAGGAUGCUGGGGAAGUUGGUUCUCCAGCAGGGAGAGAGCACCCACCCUCCAGCCAAGGAAGAAUUCAUGAGCAGCUGAGCUCUUGCAAACUGGUGGGGGUAAAAUAGGGAGGGAGGGAGUUUGGGAAGCAGGGUGGGGAAGGGAGUCCUUUCAAGGAUUUUUUUAAAAAGUGUGUGUCUUCUCAGGAUGUUCCUCUUUGAGUGGUCUGGGGGAGCACCUCAAAUAGGUCUGGCAUGCCAGCUAUCUGGACUUAUGGGUUUUGCACUUGGUAAUAAAGCAACGUGCCUCUUUUGGACUGGUGGGGAGAGAUGAUGAGAUGGUUCGGAAGUCCUCAUUCAGUCAAGUCGGCCAGAGAUCUUGGGCAAGUCACCAGGUCCCUUGCUGCAGCUCCUUUCACACUGGAAGCCAGGUGAGCAUCCUUCAAUGCAAGGAAAAGAAGCAAGGCAGAGAAGCGCCUUGCAAUGGGUCCUCUCCAGAGAGGCUACUUACACCCCAUGCCACUGUCAGCCUGUGCCAUUGUCCUGCUUUCUGCCAAACUAGAUCAGGGCAGCUACUGCAAAGCAAGACUGUUGACUGAGGCCACAGACAGAGGCACAACAAAUGCCCAUCAGGGAGAAAACAUUGUCAGCACUGUAUUUUAUUCAAAAUCUCAGGACUGUCAGCAUUGACCUGCGCUAGGAGCAUUCUGUCAACUUUCAUAGUUUUUCUUAAUGCUGCCGCUUAAGAUUUUUAAUGGGUCACAUAAGAACAAUAGCUACAGAAUGGCAUGGAGUAUCUUGUACCCUUCCUCCAAGGACAGUCGAAAGUUCUCUUGUUCAAGCAUUGUAGCAGUUCAUCUGUCCCCUCUCCUCUCCUCUUUUGCUCCGCAGCAGAGCUGGACUCCCACUUGCAAUGACAAGUGAGAAAGGAGGGUGAACAAGUGAACUGAUGUGGUAAGAGAAACAGCUUCUGCAACAUGUUUCCCUGCUCCUGAGCUAUUUUAAAGAAGGGCACUGUAUCUGGUCAGCUGGAUGGCUAUUGAAGGCAAAUUUCCUCUGCAAAUCACUGGAAGACUCUAGGCGCGCUCACUAAAUAACAAAAGAACUUUAUGCUGGCAUUUCUAAAAAUGCCUUUCUCUCUGGUAAAAGGUGUGGGUGGGUGGGAAACUAUUUUUUGCAAUGUGUGGAGUCCAGCUGCCUUCAUAUGUAUAGGGUCUGAUCAGUUUUAAGGCCUGCUGUACUCUUGGAAAGUAAAGAGAAAUAAAAACUGAAAGAGGCCUAGAGAAGCUCCAAGGUGAAGUUUGCAGUAAAUGCCUGCAAUUAUCUUCCUGCUGUGCCAUUGCAACAGACCAGAAGCCGUGGCGACCUACUUUUCUUUAUAGGGGGAGGUGAGUGGGAUGCUUCUCUUUCUGGAUGCAACUUGGGGCAUACAUUUUUACUAUUUAAGAAUUGUCUGCACUUUAAGAUCUGUAUCCUCUCCCUCUCCUGCCCCUCAAUAAGAGAUUAUCUUUGUACAGAG